AUGUCUGCUGAAACCGCUGUCGCGCGUCUCUCCCGCAUCGAUGUGGGAGGACCUGCGCGCCCUGUUGCUAGUGGAGACUGGGGUCUCAUUGGUCUGGCCGUCAUGGGCCAGAACCUGAUCCUGAACGCGGCCGACCACGGCUUUACGGUUGUCGCCUACAACCGUACUGUCUCCAAGGUCGACCGCUUCCUCGACAACGAGGCGAAGGGCAAGUCGAUCGUCGGCGCCCACUCCAUGAAGGAGUUCGUCUCCAAGCUCAAGAAGCCCCGCAGGAUGAUGAUGCUCGUCAUGGCCGGCAAGCCCGUCGAUGACUUCAUUGAGCAGAUCCUCGAGGCCGGUGCCGAGCCUGGUGACAUCAUCAUCGACGGCGGCAACUCCCACUACCCCGACACCAACCGCCGCACCAAGUACCUGGCUGAGAAGGGCAUCCGCUACGUCGGCUGCGGUGUCUCCGGUGGUGAGGAGGGCGCCAGAUACGGCCCCUCCAUCAUGCCCGGUGGUAACGAGGAGGCCUGGCCCUACAUCAAGGACGUCCUCCAGAGCAUCUCCGCCAAGAGCGACGGCGAGCCCUGCUGCCAGUGGGUCGGUGACGCGGGUGCUGGUCACUACGUCAAGAUGGUCCACAACGGUAUCGAGUACGGCGACAUGCAGCUCAUCACCGAGGCCUACGACAUCAUGAAGCGUGGUCUUGGCCUGAGCAACAAGGAGAUGGGUGACGUCUUUGCGAAGUGGAACAAGGGUGUCCUCGACUCCUUCCUGGUCGAGAUUACCCGCGACAUUCUGUACUUCAACGACGACGACGGAACUCCUCUCCUCGAGAAGAUUCUCGACUCUGCCGGCCAGAAGGGUACCGGCAAGUGGACCGCCAUUAACGCCCUCGACCUGGGCAUGCCCGUCACCCUCAUCGGCGAGGCUGUCUUCUCCCGCUGCCUUUCCUCCCUCAAGGACGAGCGUAUCCGCGCAUCCGGUCUCCUCAGCGGCCCCGAGCCUAAGUUCGAGGGUGACAAGCAGGCCUUCAUCGACGACCUCGAGCAGGCCCUCUACGCCUCCAAGAUCAUCUCCUACGCCCAGGGUUUCAUGCUGAUGCAAAACGCUGCCAAGGAGUACGGCUGGAAGCUCCAGAAGCCCGAGAUCGCCCUCAUGUGGCGUGGUGGCUGCAUCAUCCGCUCCGUCUUCCUGAAGGACAUCACCAGCGCUUACCGCGAGAACCCCGACCUCGAGAACCUCCUCUUCGCCGACUUCUUCAACAAGGCCAUCCACAAGGCCCAGCCCGGCUGGAGGAACGUCGUCUCCAAGGGUGCCCUCUGGGGUAUCCCCACCCCGGCCUUCAGCACUGCGCUCAGCUUCUUCGACGGCUACCGCACCAAGGACCUGCCCGCCAACCUGCUCCAGGCCCAGCGUGACUACUUCGGUGCCCACACCUUCAAGAUCAAGCCCGAGUUCGCCAACGCCAAGUACCCCGAGGGCGAGAACGUCCACGUCAAUUGGACUGGCCGCGGUGGCAACGUUUCCGCCUCGACGUACAACGCGUAG